AUGUUCCGUUUCAUUGCCAUCUGUGCCCUGGCUACUAUUGCCGCCGCUGCGCCUGGUUUCGUUGAGCAGCAUGUUGUCGCUGCACCCGUAGUUGCCAAGGUGGGUCAUGUGGUGCACAGUGCUCCGGUUGCCACUUCCCAUCAAAGCUUCACGCAGGUCCACAGCCAUGCUGUCAUCACACCUGUGAUUAAGCAUGUUGCUCCUGUGGUUACUCAUGUGGCUCCCGUUGUGCCGGUUGUGAAGCAUGUGGCUCCCGUUGUCCACCACCAGACCUAUGUGGCUCCAGUUGUGCCCGUCGUCAAGCAUGUGGCACCCGUUGUUCACCACCAGACCUAUGUGGCACCAGCCGUAUCCGUUGUGAAGACUCUGCCCCAUACCGUGUCCCACCAGAGCCACACACAGGUGCACCACCAGAAGACCAUCAUCACCCCAGUGGUUGCUCCAGUGGUGCCAGUGGUGAAACAUGUUGCCGUUGCCCCAAUUUCCCACGUUUACCAUCAUUAG